GGGAAGGUUCGGAGCGGAGCCGCGAGUCCGACGCUGAAGUCUUGGGCAGGGUCCUUCCAUGAGCUUCUGGGGGCCCGCAGCCGGAGCGGGAGUAGCGUCAGUGGACAUGCGCGGACCGGGGCCGGGUCAUGGCCAGCGUGCGACCGGGGUCCGGAAGGGAAGAGAGCGACGGGAGGGAGGGACUGGAGGGUGCACGGGAGGAAAGUCGGAGCGCAGGCAGGGACCGACUACGAAUUGCAGGCUGGCUUCGUGGAGCGCGUGCUUGCGUUUGAAGGAUCGACGAUCGACUGAUCCGGUUUGUUGAAGAUUGCUUCCUGCAGCACCGCUUCUCAGGUUCUUGAUCGAUCGGUCGGGCUGGCGGGCUCGUGGGCUGCUCUUUUGCGUUCUCUCGCUGGCGCGAGGAAGGAGUUUUGAUCCGCUGUUUGUAGACGAGCAACUGAACGCAGGGAUUGGAUCCUUCGCGCGAGGGGAGCACUAGAGGAUUGACAUUUCGAGGAGGUGCAAGAAAGUUGGCGCAGGUUCAGACCGGGUGCAGGGUUGGACAGUCAAGCGAAUUCUACCUGCGGGACGAGACGGAGCGAAACUUAGGGUUGGGAGUGUUAGAUGAGAUUAUGAGGAGUUAGAUUUAGAAUUUAGGCUCUGGAGGAAGAUUUAGGGUGUUUUGAAGCAGGGUGAUAGGGGGACUAGCAGCAGCUGGCGGAGCGAAGGAGAUUGGGGAGUCAUGAGUGCCAAUGGGGCGAGCACAUCGGAUUCUGGAGUUGCAAUUCCUCCUGCGAAGAAGGAAUCCAAGAAGCCUAAGUACUCCAAAUUUACUCAGCAGGAGUUACCAGCUUGCAAGCCGUUAUUGACGCCAGGAUGGGUUAUUGCCACCUUCGUGGUAGUUGGAAUCAUUUUUAUCCCGAUAGGUGCGGUGACUCUUCUAGCUUCGAAUGGGGUUGUCGAAAUUGUACACGACUACGAAAAUUCUUGUUUGCCAAAUCUGUCAAGAGAUCAAAGAAUUACUCACAUUCAGAACCCUACAACCAAUAAAACUUGCCAAGCAACCCUUGCAGUGAUAAAAGAUAUGGAUGCUCCCAUUUAUGUCUACUAUCAGCUUGACAAUUUCUACCAGAAUCAUCGCAGGUAUGUGAAAAGUAGAAAUGACAAGCAGCUUCGUGGAGACAAUGGAGCAGCAAAUGAGACGACCGGUUGCAAGCCUGAAGCAACAAUAAAUGGUCUACCUAUUGCCCCGUGCGGUCUUAUCGCAUGGAGUCUCUUCAAUGAUACCUAUGGGUUUACGGACAAUACUGGCAAUAGCCUGAAUGUGAACAAAAAGGGAAUCGCAUGGAAAAGUGACCGUGAAGACAAGUUCGGUAAGAUCACACCGCAGAACUUCGUGAACAAUAUGAACUCCUCGGCACUUGGAAUUGAAAUAAUUGGAGGGAAAGCCCUGCCAGAAAACGUUCCGCUCGAUGAAGACGAGGACCUUAUCGUCUGGAUGCGCACAGCUGCAUUACCUACCUUCAGAAAGUUGUAUGGCAAGAUUGAGACGGACCUAAAAAAGGACCAGUCUCUUAACAUACAGAUUGAGAACAACUAUAACACUUACACCUUCGGAGGGGGUAAAAAACUGGUCCUCUCCACAACUAGCUGGCUCGGUGGGAAGAACAACUUUCUGGGAAUCGCCUACCUCACCGUCGGCAUUCUUUGCAUGUUUUUGGCAUUCGUCUUUUUCUUGGUUCACUUCAGAAACCCCAGGCCUCUGGGAGAUCCUUCGUAUUUGUCUUGGAACAGGAAAAUACCAUCGGCUGCCAACUCUUCACACUAGUUCACCUUUUCUUCAGCUUUUGUUUGGUUAUGAACACACCUGGUCGAUAUCCCGUUUGGAUGUUGGCUGGAUCUGGUAAUUGCUAUCUCAUAUGUGAAGACACUGAGUUUAAUUAGUGAGUGUCACUGAGAGCCUUGCCAGAACAGUUGCCAGAACGCUCUUAGGUAUGGUACCAACAGCACAUACACCGAAAUCAUAAUGUAUUAGUAGCAAAUUCUUUCUUCUUCAUAGUUUUAGCUCGCAAUUCUACGGCUAGGUCGGAAGUACACACGAGGUGUAUAUGAACAUAUCAAAGACCUUGUAUAUCUUUUGGAGAAUGCUCUUGUCCCCCUUAGCUGGCAGAGUGCGUAGUUAGGUAAAGCAAAGUUCCUGUAAGUUUCCGAAAAUACAAAAUACACAUAUUUUUUGUCUUUGCAGGAGCGAUAUGGUUUAAAGUGGCGGUCAGCGUAGAUCUUUGUGACUUCAUAUACCUUUCGUUUAUCUUUAUCCGGUAGUGUUGUGCACAUUCCGUUUUUGUUGGUGGAAUUCUAUCCCUCUCCCAAGACCCAAGGGUACAUGAUUCAUGUGGGACAAGGCAGGGUAGACGCCGAGACUAAUUGUAGGUCAAUGAAGCUACCAGGGAUACAAGGGUUUUAUGAAAUAUGGAAAUUGAAGUUCCUAUUGA